AUACGGGGAAUACAUCAGUACAGUUGCACGUGAGCGGUACCAGCCCUUUGAAGGCGGGUCAGCGCCGAAGUCUCGGACGCAAAUCUAACAUCUGAUUGGCAUAAAGUGCACCAACUGGUGCAAAUAUCGGAUCAUAUGUGCGCGGCGGUUGGCCGAAUCAUCCUGAAGAAAUAGUGACCGCACUGCAAAACUUCGAUUAUUUAGGACUGAACUCUACAGGGUCCGGUUUGAAGUUCAAACAGCAACGUCAUCCGUCUUCAGGCCUGUCGACUACGAUGGACUACUAACGCAGUUGUUUUGGUGCUCAAACACGUCGAAGAGUUAAAGUGGUUUUUAUUCCUGGAAUAUCAAGAUGAGUCCACCGGCAAUGCUAAGCAAAGACGCCCCCGAUAUUGAGGAUCUGUUGGCAUUGAAUCCGCGCGUGAAGACGCAGUGCAGCGUCGUGCCCACGAAGCAGACCAAGGACAACAAGAAGCACUGGAAACGGAAUGUGGAUCACACUGCCGUCCCAUGCACAACGCUAUCCAAUAAUUUUGAGGAUAUUAAGCAUACGACACUGUCGGAACGUGGCGCCCUCGAGGAGUCGGCCCGUUGCCUCAAAUGCGCGGAUGCACCCUGCCAGAAGUCUUGCCCCACGCAGCUGGACAUCAAGAGCUUCAUCACAAGCAUUGCCAAUAAGAAUUACUAUGGCGCAGCCAAGGCAAUUUUCUCCGAUAAUCCAUUGGGUUUGACUUGCGGCAUGGUCUGCCCCACCAGUGAUCUGUGCGUUGGCGGCUGCAAUCUACAAGCCUCCGAGAUUGGUCCCAUCAACAUUGGCGGCCUGCAGCAGUUCGCCACCGAGGCGUUUAAGAAAAUGGGCGUUCAUCAGCGACGUUCGCCGGCAUUGAAGCCACUGGCACAGCCGGCCAAGAAGAUUGCCCUGCUGGGCGGCGGACCCGCCUCACUGUCAUGUGCCACAUAUUUGGGCCGCUUGGGUUACAACGAUAUUACCAUCUACGAGCGCCGUAGAUAUCUGGGCGGCUUGAGUUCCGCGGAAAUACCGCAGUACCGUCUGCCCAUCGAUGUGGUCAACUUUGAGAUUGAUCUAGUCAAGGAUCUGGGCGUUAAGUUCGAAUUGAAUAGAGCGCUCAGCAGCAAGGAUUUGACUAUUAAUGGUUUGCUGUCCAGUGGACACGACGCCAUCUUUGUGGGCAUUGGUCUGCCCGAACCAAAGUUGGAGCCCAUGUUCAAUGGCUUGAACACUCAGUCGGGCUUCUAUACGUCCAAGAACUUUUUGCCAAUGGUCUCGGAUGGCUCGAAGCCGGGUUUAUGUGCCUGCAAAUCGGCUCAGUCGCUGCCUAAGCUUUAUGGCAAUGUGAUCGUCUUGGGUGCCGGAGAUACAGCCUUCGAUUGUGCCACCUCGGCGCUGCGUUGUGGAGCGCGUCGGGUGUUCGUUGUGUUCCGGAAGGGCUCGUCUGGUAUUCGGGCCGUGCCCGAGGAGGUCGAACUGGCGCGUGAGGAGCGCUGUGAGCUAAUGCCAUACUUGAGUCCACGCAAAGUAAUUGUCAAAGAUGGUCACAUCGCGGCCAUGGAAUUCUGUCGCACCGAACAGAACGAUCAGGACGAAUGGGUGGAGGAUGAGGAACAGUUGGUGCGUCUCAAGGCAAACUUUGUCAUCUCGGCAUUUGGUUCGGGCCUGCAGGAUGCAGAGGUGAAAGUUGCACUGACACCGCUCACAUUCCGUAAUGGCUUGCCAGUGGUUGAUCGCACAACGAUGCAGAGCAGUGUGCCCCAGGUCUUCCUUGGCGGUGAUCUGGGUGGUGUGGCUAACACAACCGUUGAGUCGGUCAACGAUGGCAAAGUGGCUGCCUGGAGCAUCCACUGUCAGUUGCAGGGUCUCCCACUGGACACACCCGCGGCCCUGCCACUCUUCCACACGGACAUUGACAACGUGGACAUUUCUGUGGAGAUGUGUGGUCUGAAAUUUGAGAAUCCCUUUGGCUUGGCCUCGGCACCACCGACGACCAGUGCGGCAAUGAUACGACGCGCCUUCGAGCAGGGCUGGGGCUUUGUGGUUACGAAAACAUUUGGCCUCGACAAGGAUAUGGUGACGAACGUAUCGCCGCGCAUCGUGCGGGGCACAACGUCCGGCUAUCGGUAUGGACCGCAACAGAACUGCUUCCUCAACAUUGAGCUCAUCUCGGAGAAGCUUGCCGAAUACUGGCUGCGCUCCAUUGGCGAACUGAAGCGUGAUUUUCCCGAGAAGAUCAUCAUUGCGAGCAUUAUGUGCAGCUACAACGAGGCCGACUGGACAGAGUUGGCCACCAAAGCGGAAGCGUCCGGUGCCGAUGCUCUCGAGCUGAAUUUAUCCUGUCCCCAUGGCAUGGGUGAGAGCGGCAUGGGUUUGGCCUGUGGCCAAGAGCCCAAACUGGUCAUGGAUAUAUCGCGUUGGGUGCGAAAAGCUGUCAAGGUGCCCUUCUUCAUCAAACUGACGCCCAACAUUACGGACAUUGUGUCCAUUGCCCGGGCAGCGCAGCUUGGCGGUGCCGAUGGUGGAUCAGCAAUCAAUACGGUCCAAGGCCUGAUGAGCCUUAAAGCGGAUGCGACCGCCUGGCCAGCGAUUGGCAAAGAGCAGCGCACCACAUACGGCGGUGUCUCCGGCAACGCAACACGUCCGAUGGCUCUGCGUGCCGUUUCGGAGAUUGCCAAGAAGCUGCCCGGAUUUGCCAUAUUGGGCAUUGGUGGCAUCGAUUCCGGUGAGGUUGCACUGCAAUUUCUGCAGGCCGGUGCGACAGUGCUGCAGAUCUGCUCCUCCGUACAGAAUCAGGACUUUACGCUCAUCGAUGACUAUUGCACGAGUCUGAAGACGCUGCUCUAUUUGAAGGCAAAUCCACCGCCGGUGAACGGCACCUUCUGGGAUGGCCAAUCGCCGCCAACGCCCGUCCAUCAGAAAGGUAAACCUGUCAUCCAUUUGACGGGUACUGGCAAUCAAACGCUUGGAUACUUUGGCCCCUAUCAGAAGCAGCGCGACAUCAAGUUAGCCGAUCUGCGCCGCUUAGAGGGCGCCUUUUGGGAUGCCCGACAGGCAAGUGCAGCUAGCUCGAGCGAUGCUUCCAUUAAGUUGGCACCCAAAGUGAGUGACGUUAUCGGUGCAGCACUACCAAUGAUCGGUGCAUACAAGAGCCUCGACAACACACAGCAGAAGGUGGCUCUCAUCAAUGAUGAUAUGUGCAUCAAUUGUGGCAAGUGCUAUAUGACUUGCGCCGACUCCGGCUACCAGGCAAUUGAAUUUGAUAAGAACACCCACUUGCCUCACGUCAAUGAUGACUGUACCGGCUGCACGCUCUGCGUUUCCGUCUGUCCCAUCAUCGAUUGCAUUCGCAUGGAGCCUAAGCAAAUACCGCACAUCAUCAAACGAGGAGUUGAAGAGAAAGACAAGACGUUUUACACGCACGCACUUAGCCCAAGCCAAUAAUACAAAUAUAAUGUAUACAUACGCUGUACACAUUUUGUAUGUUUAAAUAAUUUGAAAAAAGAAACAAUAUCAGGCUACCAUGAAUAAACAAAUAAGCAAAAGAAUUAAGCAAACAAAAACAUAAAACAUCAUACUGCAUGAAUAAAUUGUGUUAUGCCUUGCCUGUCGAAAGCACCAAUAUAUCGCUCAGCCGGCUAGCUAUCGGGUCAGGGGUAGUUCGACCGCGAUAUAUUGGGCGGCAAGUUAACAAAAAAAA